CGAAAGCUCAUGUAUAAGUAGGCAGGACCCAUGUAUAAGAGUGGGUGCGGUGCAGCGACCAAGUAUUCCCUUGCUUGACCUUGCCAUAUUUACCCCCACGCACACAUUUCAAAGUCACCAAACAUGAAGUUCUUCCACACCACCUUCAUCGCCAGCUCGCUCCUCUUCCUUCUCACGUCACUCACAAGCAUCCAUUCGGCCUUUGCCUUCACAACUGGCAUGAAAGUACCCACGUACACCCUCCGACCGGGCCAUGUGUUCAACGUCACGUUCUUCACCCUUGCCUACAUCCGCCCAUCUGCUCAGUACUUUGUAAUAUUCGGACUGCAACCUGGAACGGGUCCGCUCACGGGUGGGAAUAUAGGUCAAUUUGUUUUGACCAGUUCUCAUAGCGAUUGGCUGGAGAGUGGAGACUCUGUUACGGGGUCUGGACAUUUCGAUGUGGAUGUGGCGUUGCCGGUUCACUUUAGGACUCCGAGAGGGAGGACUCAAAAGUACAGGUUGACGGCGGCUAUUUUCCAAUCAGUAAAUUUGACUGGAUUCGACCAAAUCGCAAGUAUUUUAAAGUUCUCUGAUUUCGUCACCAUCGCUCCGCACUGAGUCGACUGGGAUGUGUGGGGUGUUCAUGAGAGGGAGAGGGAGAGGGAGGGAGAAUUGAUGAUCUGUACUCAACAUUUUAAAGCGUCG